AUGGCCCACAUACAGCUCAGCUUGCGCCAUGAGGUUGUUGGUCCUAAACGGGCGAAGUACAAAGUUCUUCUAAUGGCACUUCUCACCUUGGUAACGGCCUGUAUUACCAACGGUAAACUCGUCGACGCACGAAAACACCUCCUCGAUGCCCAGCGCCUCAUCCACGUGCGUGGAAUAUCCAAAAAGCACCCUUCGCGCAAAGUGCAGAUGCUGCACGCCAUGUUCCUGUACCUGCGCAUCAUGGAGGAAGCCACCUUCGUCUACCCCAUCUCGGCCAACAGCGAGUUCUUCCACAACCACCUCUCGCCCAACGCGCACCCCAGCUCGGCGCGAUACCCAUCGCUAGCGGCGCACCGGUGGUUCAGCGGGAGCGUCGAGGACGGCGUGCCCGCCAACUUCCGUGAGCUGGACGACUUCUUCGAGCGCUCUGGCCCCGCGCUGCGCCCGCUAUUCGCUCGCACCUACGGCAUUCCCGAGAGCCUCGUCGUGCUCAGCUCGCACAUCACCUACCUGUGUUGCGAGAUGCGCCAGGUGCGCGCGCGCGGAGGUCACCCCUGGGCCGGCUUCGACGAGGAUUACCGCAAGCGCUGCAAGGUCGUCGAGGAUCUGCUGUGCGGGUGGACGAAGGAGCAGCAGCUGCCUGAAGAGACCGCAACAACUCCUUCGUCAUCCCCAUCAUCCUCGCCAUCAUCGUCAUCAUCGUCACUAUCAUCAUCCCCCUCAUCAUCCCCAUCCCCAACGCCCGCCAACUACACCAGCAACAACAACACCACCACCAACGAAGCCGCCGCCGCCACCGAAGAAGAAGACCACGCCGCGCAAGCCUUCCACGCCGCCCUCAUCAUCUUCUUCUACCGCGACGUGCGCGACAUCAACCGCUUCACGCUACAGCACCACGUCAAGACCGUCAAGGCGCACCUGCUCGCGCUCGAGGGCCGCAAGAUCGCCCAGGGCGUCGCGUCGGCCAGCGUGCUGUGGCCGGGCUUCAUCGCCGCCGCCGAGGCCCUCGACCACGCCGACUUCGCCGACAUCGUCGCUUGGAUGCGCGGGUGUGCGGAUAGGUAUGGCUUGAGGAGUUUCGAUCGCGCGGCGGAUGUGGCGGCGGAUGUGUGGGCGGCGCGGCAGGCGGAGAGGAGGUUGGGGGGGAGGGGGUUGGCGUGGUCGGAGAGGGUGUUGCAGCAGAAGAGCUUCAUGAUUUUGCCGUAG